UGUACCCGUUCAGCUGCUCUCCUACUUAGAAAUGGCUGAAGCUCCCCCACGGCCCUGCCGCUUCUUUUGUCACCGGUGUUCAGCAGAGAUUUGUCCGCGUUUACCGGACUACACUUGUCCACGCUGUGAUUCUGGUUUCAUUGAGGAACUUACUGAAGAAAGAAGUACGGAAAAUGGGUCCGCAUCCACAUCAUCUUCCAGUGAUCAGAACCGCCCAGCCUUUGAGAACAUUGAUCACCAGCACUUAUUUACAUUUCCCUCUGGGUAUGGUCCCUUCUCGUUUGGGAUUUUUGAUGAAAACUUCGACCUUCGAACACGGCUACCCACAGAGGACAACAGAGAGGCAGAAAACAGGAGAGAGAGGGAAAUGGCGUCACGGCAACGAUACAGUGCAAGGCAACCCCGGGGUCGGCACGUUCCUCGACGACAGGGUACGCGCCAUGAAGGAGUGCCCACAUUAGAGGGCAUUAUCCAGCAGCUAGUAAAUGGAAUUAUAGCACCUACAGCCAUGCCAAAUAUCGGAAUGGGCCCUUGGGGAAUGCUACAUUCCAAUCCAAUGGACUAUGCCUGGGGGGCCAAUGGUCUUGAUGCUAUCAUAACACAGUUAUUGAACCAAUUUGAAAACACGGGUCCUCCUCCUGCUGACAGGGAAAGGAUAAAGAGUUUACCAACCACCUCCAUUACAGAGGAACAUGUGGGUGCUGGUUUGGAGUGUCCGGUGUGCAAAGAAGACUACAGCGUUGAGGAGAGUGUUAGACAACUGCCAUGCAAUCAUUUAUUUCACAAUGACUGUAUAGUACCGUGGCUUGAACAGCAUGAUACGUGUCCUGUGUGCAGGAAGAGUCUUAGCGGACAGAACACGGCCACAGACCCGCCAGGGUUAUCAGGAAUGAACUUCUCCCCCUCCUCCUCAUCCUCUUCCUCCCCCAGCUCACCUAGCAAUGAGAACGCUGCCAGCAACUCGUAGAAUUUUACCUUCAAGGCCACCUCGCAUCUGAGAAAUCUCACAAAACAAGUGAAACAGGCCACAGCGACUCCUCUCUACAGCUGAGACCAGGACAGCUGUCUGUUUCAAUUCAAGAGGACAAUAUCGAGGUGAACUCUGAAUCUUUUGCUGAACUGAUGCUGGGCACAGCUCCUGCUGCUAUACUAGCGGCGUUCUCGGGGUGGGACAGGGCAGUGGUAAAGAAGGCUCCAGAGAGACUGUGAAUAGUGAUAAUAAAGGUAAGAUUGUACCAAGAACUGGAGUAGAAUUUGAGCUUGAGUGGACUUCUUCAUGAUGGAGAUGUUUAUUUGCCAAGAGGUGGAAAAAUAUUUAAUAGACAAGAGACGAAAAGCUCUUUUUUUAAUAAAAACAUUUCCUGUGGUGGCAGAGUACAUACUGUAGGUGUGUAGUUAGAGAAUUCAUCUUGAACUGUCAGCUGCUGUACGGCUAACGGAUCAACUCAAACCUUGCAGAAAGGGAACUAAGUGUAUGCAUCAGAUUUAAUUUAAAUUUAUUUGCAGCUUUAUUUUUUAUUUUGCACAAAAAUCCUGUCUGAUGUUGAGAAUGUGAAUUUUGGGAAACUACUGAACAAAAAAGGGAUAUUUCUUUUACUUUUUUUUGCAUUGAAUGACUUUUAAGACUUUUUUUUUUAUAAGAUUCUUUUUAUAUCACAGCUUGAUCCAGUGUAUUUGGUGUAUUUUGACAAGUAACGAUGCGCGUAGCUCAAAACCGACUCAUUAUUGAAUGCUUUCCUGAGAUUGAUCGAUGUAAAAGGAUAAUCAAGACAAAAAAGGCAUGGGAUUAUGUUACCUCUAUGGAACUGACCAAAUGUGUUUCACAAAACAAGUGUUUAUUAUUUUAUUUACUGAUUUUUCGUACAGUCACAAUAAAGUGCUAAAAAACUGUU